UGCUUUAAGGCAAAUGGAGCACGAACAAACGAGCCCUUAAACCCUCUGAGACCGACCUCAGACCCAUUCGUUUUCAUCUCCUUCAUCGCAGUUCUUCACUGCUCAACUGCCGCAGCUCCAAAGUUCACGGCAGCUACCCUUUUUCGUUGUUAGCGGCAACGGCUAUGGCGUUUUGUGCGAUCGAUUCUAUCCACGUUUGUAAUUAAAAAGAUAAAAAGUAACAAUUUUCAUAUUAACUAAAAACAAUUCGAGAAAUGAAAUUUAUUUGCCAAUAGAUUUUUAAAUUGGUACUCGUUAAUACAGCGAAACUAUUGAAAAUAAAAUUGCUUCAAAAAUUUACUUUCACCAUGAACAGUAAUUUUCUUCACGCCAGUGUCUAACCAAGCCACGUGUUCCUAAACGACCUUCUGACAUUUUCCAACAGUUGUUGGUGACCAAUUAUAUUUUUUCUCCUUCACGGAAACAGUACGGCAUGCUGAGAAGGGAUAAUGGCUGAGUUUGUAGAAGGUUGGUUUUUAGGCCAUACCCUAGGGGAAGGCGCUUAUGGGGAAGUAAAACUCGUGAUAAAUAAGACAACAGGCGAGGCUGUCGCUAUGAAGAUGAUUGAUCUCCAAAAACACCCUGAUGCUAAACAGAAUAUCAAAAAGGAAGCGACUGUCCAUCGAAUGCUGUCCAAUCCGAAUAUUAUUAGAUAUUAUGGACAGAGAAGUGAAGCUACAAUGGAAUAUAUUUUUUUGGAGUAUGCGUCGGGAGGUGAACUCUUUGAUCGAAUUGAGCCUGAUAUUGGUAUGCCAUUGUGGGAAGCUCAGAAAUAUUUUAAACAGUUAAUUUCUGCCAUAGAAUAUUUGCAUGGCCAUGGAGUAGCUCAUCGUGAUCUCAAGCCAGAGAAUCUUUUGUUAGAUGAUCAGGACAAUUUAAAAGUAUCUGACUUCGGUAUGGCCACUGUUUAUAGACUGCAGGGCAGAGAGAGGCUCUUGGAGAAACGAUGCGGUACUUUGCCUUACGUUGCUCCUGAGGUAUUGCAGGGUUUAUAUCACGCAGAACCGGCUGAUAUUUGGUCGUGUGGAAUAAUUCUUGUGGCAUUAUUAUCUGGUGAGCUACCUUGGGAUGAGGCAAAUCCACAAUGUGUAGAAUAUAUUGCGUGGAGAGAAGCAAGAUAUAUGAGUUUAACACCGUGGAAGAAACUAGACACUAUUCCAUUAGGUCUCAUCAGGAAUAUUCUCACCCACGCACCAACCUCCAGAUACAAAAUCGCAGACAUUAAACACCACCGGUGGUAUAUGCAAAAUCUCCGUAAAGAUGAUUCUGAAGAUUGUGUUGAUGGGGGUCGAGUAAAAUCCCUGCGGUAUGAUGAUGAAGAUAUUACAAGACUCGGUCUCUCCCAACCUGAAUUCCCCGAUACGGAGAACCAGUCCCUCCACAUAAACGCAGAUGAACGUCCCGGCUUCUCAUUCUCACAACCAGCCGCACUGGAAGAUCUCUUUUUAUCAACCCAGCCUGUGCAGAAUACUCAGACAAGUCAAAAUACUUUCCAACGACUUGUAAGAAGGAUGACGAGGUUUUUCGUGAAAACUGACUAUGAAGAAACUGUCAGAAGACUUGUAAAAAGCCUAAAGGAACAGAAUUACAUAUGUCGAUCUAAUGACAUUGGAAUCAUAACGGUAUAUACGGUUGAUCGAAGAAAAUCGCCAUUGGUCUUCAAAGCAAUAAUCUUAGAGAUGGAUGGACAGAUUCUCGUUGAUUUUCGCUUGUCUAAAGGAUGUGGUUUAGAAUUCAAACGAUGCUUCAUCCGAAUAAAAGAGAGACUUGACAGUGUAAUCUUCAAGGGAUCUGUAACGUGGCCAGUUGGCGUCAAAACAAAGACGAUGCCUUGAGGCAUUUCACUUUGUUUAUUAAAACCUAUUUUUAUAUCUUUACUGUGAAAACAAUUAUUGACAAGGAUAUUUGUAGUGAAUGUAUAUUCAUAAAAAUUAUUUAUAUCUCGCGAUAA